CUUGCAAGAAGCGUUUGAGGGAAGCUCCAUGGAAAUGUGUGAGCGGAAUCCUUUAAAUCCGGGCUACGUUGGUUCUCUGUUGAAUUUUGCUCCACCUGAGUCGCUGUAUUUCUCCAACUUGCGGGGUAAUGGAGCCCACAUACCGGGGCUGCAUCAGAUCCCUUACAAUAGGAGAGAGGUGUGCACGCUCCCGUGGACUUCCUCAAGUUCGUGCACGUCUCGAUCAGCAGCGGCACCGCCACCGCCACCACCACCACAGAGCCGCGCCUUUGGAGGCUACUGUCCGCCGUUUCUGUCCAACUCUGUGUCUAUAAAUACGAACUCCUCCGCCGGCCACGUCAAGGCGCAUUUGGAGGAGUCGGCUCGGUGCUUCCAGGACGCAAACCACAAGACUGAGGAGUCUGGCAGACAAAAUGAAGUUUACGUCGGGGAGCAUGACCGCGGCUACUCAGAUCUGCACAACCGGUCUCACGGCUCUGCGGCCCAGAUAGAUGCGGAUUCAGCAGGUCCUCCGGAUCUGAACGCCACCAAACAGGAGCAGAAUCCUCUUCAGCCAGCAACGAGGAACACAUGCUCCAGGACGACUUUUGCUGAAGGUGCCCCAUGGUGCUCGUCACAAGUGAGAACCAGAAAGAAGAGGAAGCCUUACUCGAAGCCACAGCUGGCUGAACUUGAGAAUGAAUUCCUGAUGAAUGAAUUCAUCAACAGACAAAAACGCAAAGAGCUGUCGGACAGACUGGACCUGAGCGACCAACAGGUGAAAAUAUGGUUUCAGAACCGGAGGAUGAAGAAGAAACGACUCAUGAUGCGCGAGCAGGCUUUCUCCUCGUACUGAUGACCUUUGGACUUGAUCGUGACCAGCAGCGCACAGAAAUAUGUUAUGCUGUAGUAUGAAUGGUGCAGCACAUCACGAGCCAUUUCGGUUUGUGGUAUUGACUUGUAUUUAUAAAUAAGUGUAAAAUGUUUAUAUUCCAGUCACACAAUAGGCUUCAGUUUUAUCAGUCACGAGUUUGUUUAUAUUAAUAGUAAUGACAAAAGUCAAUUGCAGAUUAGUGUACAGCAGAUUUUAUCCAGCUGCUCAUGUCUGACUGAGAGUCUCCAAAUGCGCAGGUAGGCCAUGUAUCCCGGUUGGGCCUUGGCGCGCAUAGAAAUAAACCAAUGAGCCUAAUUCUUUUUCAUCUAACACAAAUGUAAGGCCUACUUAAACAGAAACAUAGCUCUGUAUGUUUUCGGAUGUAUUUUUUAAAUGGCCUGGGCAUGUAGUGUAUAGGCCUCAUGUGGAAGCAAACAGUCAAGUUCAUGUUUACGGACGCGUAAAACGUAAAGAAAAAUGAGUAUUGCAAAAAUGUAUAAUAAAUGCAUGUCUAUUUCCUGAUUGCUGUUGUCCAGCCCCCCCCCCCCCAUCCCUUCAUUAUGGGACUAGUAAAAUGAGCAACGUUACAUUUUGUUCUAUGUGGCCGCGUCCACAUUCAAGGUCGAUCUGUGGAGGAAAAGAUAUGCGCCGCUUCUAGUGGUAGGAAGUGUUUACUUCAAAUGAAUGUAAAACAAGUGAGUUUGUGGAUACGUGUUAUGUUUGUGUUUAGUUAAAGUAACAUUAUAACUGUAGUGAAUUAAGCUUGAAUUUUCAUUGUCAGACCUGGUUUGUGUGUUGUUAAUUGGACAGUCACACGGGAGAUGGUUGCAUUGGAAUCACCCCUGCUUUGAACUCAAUCGUUUAUAAUUAUAUACAUCAGUUUGAUUAAUGUAUAUUUAACCUCGAAUUGGACUUAUUUAAAAAUCAUUCCAGGAAGCAUGCUGUUGGUAAACAUAAAAAAGUGAAUGAGACCAGCCAUCUCUUUACGCACGGACUAGAGGUCUUGUAAAGUACACGCAGCCUGAGGGUUAAUACAUUUUUAAAUAAAGAACAUUUUAAAUGA